UGUUUGACUCUUCCCAUAGCUAAGCUGUUUGCGCGAUGAAGUCGUUCAUUGCAUUUCUGAUUGUUACCGUAGCGGCCGUGGCCUCCGGUCAAAUGUACCGACCGCUGCCACCGGAUGUGGAAGAAUCACAUUUCGCCUACCAGCUAAAGAGCUUCCGCGAUUCACUAGACGAGUGUGCCGAAUAUUUGGAGGUGUCAAAAGAUUCAGUCAAACAGCUGGUGGCUAGUAACUAUAUUACUCAGGAUAAUGAAUUGAAAUGUUUGAUUCGGUGCGCUGGUAUCAAUUCCGGUUGGUGGAAUGAAACAUCCGGCGUGCAAGGACCCGUCAUGGAAAGUUACUUCCAACCUGGUGCUGAUGACACCUGCUAUGAAAGGCGCACUCGGGAAUGUCUCGCGGCUAAGUUAGCCGUAUGUCAAAAUGACUGCUCCAAAGCUUACGAGUCAUUCCUCUGUUACUACCACCAGUGGGGAAACCUGAAAUGUGGAGAACAGUACGUACCACUGACACAGCUCGAACAGAUCCAGGCAGCUAUAGACUGUAUCAACAUUUUGCGAGUACCACGAAAUCUUCUCGAGCAAUACAGUAACGGAAUUGUCCCGGAUGUGCCAGAAACUCACCGUCUGUUCCGUUGUCAGUAUAUUGCCGAAGGACUGUACGAUCCCGCUGUAGGAUUCAACCUACCACGUGUGUACGUUCGCAAGCACGAAAUUCCUGCUCCGGAAAUUCUGAGCGAUAGAACCAAACAAUGUGUUGAUGCUGCCCUGAAGGGAAGCUGCGACGAAUGCAGCCGUGUGUUCAAGGCGAAGAGUUGUUUCUCCAACUACGGAGUUCCAAAUUCGACCGGUGCCAUCCUAAAGAACGCGGCCGACAUACUUCUAGGACAGCCGCCAUCCUGUCCGGCACCACCAGCCCCUUCGAAUCCACGAUAUAACUAUAAUCAGUAAGCUACGGGAUCGUUUCGAGGUGGAUUUGUUAGAGGAUCCUAGUUUAAAAGCAAUCUGUAAAUAUGUUCUCACUUUUUGGUGAAUAAUAAUCAUUUACUAAGCUUUCAAACUUCAUUGUUUUAAUUAACAUAUGUUUUGGAAACAUCUGAAAGAUAUUUAACAUAUAUUGAAACUAUUCAAAAUUUCAAAG